AUGAAUUCCGGGUUUGGUUUGAUUUGGAUAAAGGUUAUGCGCGAGAUAUUAAUAGGUGGAUUAUGUUUGCAAUGCAAAAGCGAGUUCAAAGGCUUGAGAUUCACUUGUCUGGAUUUCGAUCAUGUGAUCCUCGGCGUUCAACGCGUUAUACUUUUCCAUAUCAACUACUUUUACGUCCUCAAACUAGAGGGUGCUUCAUCUCUCCCUUUGAAACACUUAGGGGUAUACUUCUGCAGCCGCUUAAAAUCCAUCAAGAUCUGUGACACAAACCUUGUUUCUUUUAAGUAUGCGGGACCAACGACAAGGUUGCUUGUUAAUAAUGCUCCACUGCUUGUUGAUGUAUCUAUUUCCCAUGGAAUGUUUUCUAACUCAAUGCUUCGCCAGCUUUCAUCAUGUUUUUCUCAGCUACAGAUUCUUACAUUGAGCAAAGCAAAUGUGGAUGAUAAAAUAAAGCUUCGAUUGUUUACCGGAUUGAAGAAUCUUAAGAAAUUGGUAUUAGAAAUCAGAUCAGAGGAUGAUGAAAGUCUCCUUCGUUUCACUCCCUUGAUAGAGGCAUGCUCUUACCUGCAAAUCUUUGUGUUGAAGUUAACAUGGGGUUGCCGGACCCCUUUAAAGAGGAAGAAAAGAGUGAUAAAAGCGGUCAAUUGCCCACAUUAUUAUCUCAAAGUGGUGGAAAUAGGUGGAUACUAUGGCGGUAGCAGUGCUUUUGAGCUUGCCAUGUACUUCAUUGAGAAUGCUACAAAACUUGAAAAAAUCAUAAUUGACCCUCAAUACCAAUUUCGGUGGCAUGAGACACUAGGAAUUGUUGAAACUAAGGAAAAACAAGAACAAGAGCAAACUGGAAGGUGUCGUGCUAGGCGGCAGCUUGAGGCAAAAGUACCUCAUAGAAUCAAGCUGGAAAUCCUUUAA